AUUCAAAUUUACUUCCAAACGAUUCACACUGAAGAUUCACUUUAUUUUUUUUCCGAUUCAUUUUUAAUAAUAAUUUAAGAUGAUUCCCAUCACGUCGAUAUUAAUUGGAUUAACUUUUAUAUCAUCUGUCUUAUCUGGAAUAAUUAGACAAGAUGAUUUUCCAUUAUUAGCAAAUGAGAGGAUCAGUAAACGUUCGAUUCCGGAAAUGACGCGAGAAAAAAGAUAUAUCCUUCAAGAACAAUUCAGAACUCCUAUUUCAGAAGACUUGGAUGUAGCUGCUAACACAGUUUUGGGAUAUCGAUUGAGAAGAACAAGAUCGGUUGAUAUCGUACCUUUGUUAAGAGAUAACGAGAACAUUUCCGAUUUAGACUUGGCGGAAAAUGUGGUUUUCUUUCCAUUAUUUCGUACGAAAAAAAUCUUCAAACGAAGAUCUCCCAGAAAUGUUCAAGAAAAUUACAAGAACGACAUCGAAAUUAAAAAGUUCGUUAAUGACGAAUUAAAAAGUGAAGAAACUGAGAAAGUUAUAGAAGAUGGGUCAAAAAUGAAAAUACAAUAGUCUCGUUUAACGAAUGUUAAAAAAAUUUUCGUCAAAGAUGAUGGCUGUUGAUAUUUAAUUUUUUUGAUCUUGUAAACGUUUCUUGUCUCAUUGUUUAUUAUUAUAAGAUUUUUUUAUGAUUAA